GGUAUCGAUGUUUAGGGCAGUUCAUUGGUCUUCAUUGGUAGCAUGCUUUUGUAAUUCAACGCAACUAGUUUAAGAUGCAAACAUCGGAUAUCUGUUUUGAAACCUAUAGCAUACCGAUUGCAUGAGUCCUUGCUUUUAUAAAUAUAUACUUUAUAUAUCUAAGGGAUUUACGUUGUGCAAGAAUAAAAGAAUCUUGUGAAAACAGUGUUUAUUUUGUUGCAAGACCUACUCAUUGUGUGAAAACAACCGGGAGUAUAGUAACCGUUUAACACCUUCGCGGAAUAAGUGACAUGGAUUCCAACCACAGUUACAACCGACCCUCGGUAACUAUGCAUCCAGCCGCUGACUUCGAUGAGGAUAAAAUCAUAGGAGCGGACGACAACACAGAUGGAACAGGCUUCUGUGCGUGGCUGCUGCACGCCUUCUCCAUACUUCUCAUUGUCGUUACCCUGCCCUUCUCUCUGGUAUUCUGUAUAAAGGUGGUCCAAGAGUACGAGCGAGCGGUUAUAUUCAGACUGGGACGACUUCCCUUAGGAGGGGCAAAGGGACCAGGGAUCUUCUUCAUCAUUCCCUGUAUAGAGAGCUACACGAAGAUAGAUCUGAGGACGGUGUCCUUCGAUGUCCCUCCACAAGAGGUCCUGACCAAAGACUCCGUGACGGUGUCGGUGGACGCGGUGGUAUAUUACCGAGUCUCCAAUCCCACUGUGUCUGUAGCCAACGUUGAAAACGCGCACCACUCCACCCGCCUGCUGGCCCAGACCACGCUACGCAACAUCCUGGGAACCAAGAGUAUGGCGGAGAUACUCUCUGACCGUGAAAGCAUAAGUCAGGGAAUGCAGUCGACAUUAGAUGAAGCCACGGACAGAUGGGGCAUAAAAGUGGAGAGGGUGGAAAUUAAGGACGUCCGGUUACCCGUGCAGCUACAAAGGGCCAUGGCGGCGGAGGCAGAGGCCACACGUGAGGCUCGGGCUAAGGUAAUAGCAGCGGAGGGCGAGCAGAAGGCCUCGAGAGCGUUAAAAGAGGCGGCUGACGUCAUGGCUACGUCAUCAGCCGCGUUACAGCUCAGAUAUCUGCAGACACUUAGUUCGAUCUCGGCGGAGAAGAAUUCCACAAUCAUUUUCCCGCUUCCAAUUGACCUCCUUUCAGCUUUCACCUCUAAAAAGCAGUUACCGCCUGGCCCUCCAGAGCAAAACACAAAUAUUUUCUAAACACUUAUAUUUAAACAAUGUUCGUGGAACUGUCAGAACCCAUGGUAAACACGUUUAAUGAGUUUUAAGUAAGACUUAGCAGAUGUUUCGUGGGUUAAAAAUGAUUAUUCUUUGAGUGCAAUACAAUUACAGCUGCAGUAUUAAUACAACUUAACGAAUUUGUGAAAGCUUUCUUGCGUGAAAUGAUCUUUGUUAACAUACAGAUAGGUUACGUUUAUGACGUUAAACGAUUCAAAUACGGACCGGAAUGCUUUCUGAAGAACAAAUGCAAAUGCAGUUUUGUUGUUUUUUAUCAUUGUAACUAUGUUGCAGAGUCGAUGUUUUAUACAUAAACCAUGCAUGUAUGUUGUAGGGUCGGUUUCCUUCGUCAUAGUUAUUGGAAUAAAAAUAAAUGUGCAUUCCA